CAAAAGUCUUGGCACAAGGGCCUCACCUUGUUAACUUCCACCUGCGGCCAGGUUGGAAGAUUAGUUUCAUUUUCAUCUCUCUCACACUUCUUUCUCCUCCUCAGCAGCAUGUCUGGCCACACAACCAACCUCAGGCUCAAGCUCCCAGCAAUAUGCUUCCUUCUCCAGCUCUUCACCAUCAUCCUCUUCGCUCUUUUCGUCCGCUACGAUCAAGAGACCAGCGCUAGACUCUGGCACGAGGAGCUGAGCCACCACAACAAAAGCAACCGGGACAACGAUUUUUACUUUCGCUACCCGAGUUUCCAGGAUGUCCACACCAUGAUCUUCAUCGGCUUUGGCUUCUUGAUGACCUUCCUGAAACGUUAUGGAUUUGGCAGCAUAGCCUUCAACUUCCUGAUCGCGGCAUUCGCUAUCCAGUGGUCUACACUGAUCCAAGGCUUUUUCCACUCUUUUCACAAUGGCAAGAUUCACAUCGGAAUAGAGAGCAUGAUCAAUGCCGAUUUCUGCUCCGGAGCUGUCCUGAUCUCCUUCGGAGCAGUUCUGGGCAAGACAAGCCCCAUCCAGCUGCUGUUGAUGGCCUUGUUUGAAGUCACACUCUUUGGUAUUAAUGAAUUCGUCCUGCUCAGCGUCAUUGGGGCAAAGGAUGCUGGGGGCUCCAUGACCAUCCACACCUUCGGGGCUUAUUUCGGACUGAUGGUUUCGCGGAUCUUGUAUCGGCCCCAGCUGGACAAGAGCAGACAGAGGGAAGGCUCCGUGUACCAUUCAGAUCUCUUUGCUAUGAUCGGAACAAUCUAUCUAUGGCUCUUCUGGCCAAGCUUCAACUCUGCCGUUACAGCUCAUGGCGACGACCAGCAGCGGACAGUCAUGAACACCUACUUCUCCCUGGCCGCUAGCACGCUGGCCACCUUUGCCACGUCAGCCCUCAUCAAUGGGGAAGGCAAACUGGACAUGGUCCAUAUUCAGAAUGCAGCCUUAGCCGGCGGGGUCGUGGUCGGGACGUCAGGCGAGAUGAUGCUGACUCCAUUCGGUGCCAUGAUUGCUGGGUUUCUGGCUGGGCUCGUUUCUACCCUGGGCUUCAAAUUCCUCACGCCCAUCCUGGACGCCAGACUAAAAAUACAGGACACAUGCGGGGUCCACAACCUCCACGGGAUGCCGGGCGUCAUGGGUGCUCUCCUGGGAGCUCUGGUGGCAGCUCUGGCAACACAAGAUGUCUACGGGGACGGGAUGGCCGACGUGUUCCCUUUAAUUGCCAACGGAAGCCGGACGGCACAGUACCAGGGAGUCUACCAGUUCUUCGCGUUACUCAUCACGCUGGGGUUCGCGGUGGUCGGAGGGAGCCUCGUGGGAGCGAUUUUGAAAAUCAGGUCGCUUGGGUCCCCUCCAGACACACAGUGCUUCGAGGAUCAGAUCUACUGGGAGGUCCCUGAGGAUCAUCAGGAUGGGUACAUGACGGCUGUGAACUCCGAGAACCCCGAAAGGAGUGCAAGUGUCUAAUGGGAUUUCCCUCCCUGGCUAGGCUCUGCGUCGGCACACCUCAGCCUGCUAACCACGUGGGCCCACCUGAUUCAAGCCAUCCAGUAUGGGGGAGAUUUCCUGAGCAUCUGCCAACUGCAAGGGGUGUUAGUGUGGACUUAGCCUGAGUUGUGGACAGAGGAGUAGCAGCUUGUGAUGGGAGGAAGGAAGCCAGGCCAUGGUCUCCACCCCAUCCCACCUCCUCUUGCAAGGAUCCCCGCGUCAGGACUGUCCCUGCCCAUCUACCCCAUGCCUGGAAUAUGAAGUGAAAGGAAGCCAGGAUCAACGUUCCCAUGGGGCUAACGCCCUCUUCACCCCCAUUCAGCCUCACUCGCUGUCCAGGCUCCUUUCCAGAGAAAAGGAAGGCGUGGGAGGCUAGACUGAGAGAUCCGGGUUCAGUUCCUGGCUUGGUCAGAAGCCCGGUGUGAGAUCAGGUGGCGUACACACCGGCGUCACUGAGCUGAUGCAAACCGAGUGGAUUCUCUUAUUUUGGUUUAACGGUGGCUGAUCUUAAACCUGCUCCUCGCUGAUUUCAGUUAAAUCAAAAUAAAGCGCUCCCACUGAAAGGGUCACCUCCAUCCAGCCUUGGGCACUGGUAUAAAACACACACCUUUGGUUUAACCAGUGCAGCUCUGCCUGCAGGCAAGCCCUUCCUCCCUCUGGGCCUCAGUUUCCCCUCUCUGUAUUAAAAACGAAUCCUUCCUGAGCUGUUUAGAUCUUCGGGCAGGGACUCUCUCUCACUAUGCGUCUGUGCAGUGCUCAGUCCAAUGAGGCCCUGGAGGUGCUACCGUGAAAGUAACUAAUCAUUCAAGAAGUCUUGAAAGACAGGUCAAAAGCCUUCUCUAUCAGCCCAAGACAGAGGUGCCUAAGAUGUGUCCAUUUGAAGUGCCAUGGAUGCAUCACGAGUCUGUUUUAACCGCAGCCUUUUUACAAACUGUUGUCCCCGUUUUCUUGCCUUGACCAUGGGAUUUCGGCUGGCUCUACAUACAGAUUUUCUACCAGCUCUGCAGAAACUGGUGGCUGGGGUGGGGUUCGUUUUUAAACGGAGCUAUCCCGGAGCCCAGGAGCAGUGGAACAGGGGUGCAGCAGCUCUUGCUGGCUUGAAGGAAUAAUAGCAACCGAACAUCUGGCUUCCAUCGUAGGCAGGAUUUACCGUUUGGCUCAAUGGCUCGCAACGCCUGCACUAUACAAUUGUCCCUGCCUGGACAACCCCUACAAUGGAUACAGCUAUACCAGUACCAAGGCACCUCCUGCCAGUACAGUUUAUAUUCCCCUGGGUGGCCACGAGCAGGUUUCAGGGGGUCCGCCAAGCAGGGCCAACAUUAGACUUGCUGGGGUCCAGGGCAGAAAGUCAAAGCCCCACCGCAUGGGGCGGAAGCCUGGGGUCCCAAGCCCCGCCACCUGGGGGUGAAGCCUGAGCAACUUAGCGUCGUGGCACCCCCUGUGGCGUGGAGGCCCCAGGCCAUUGCCCUGCUUGCUAUCCCCUAACGCCGGCCCUGGCUUUUAUAUGCAGAAAAACAGUUGUUGGGGCACAAGUGGGCCGUGGCGUUUUUAUAGCCUGUUGUGGGAGCCCCAGAAAGAAAAAAUGGCGGAGAUCCCCUGCCCUGUAGAGCACCUCCAUACUGGUGUCACUGCGUCCACACGUGGGCCUACGGGUAGAACUAGACAGUUUAGUCAGCGGUGUGUCCAGCAGGCCUUAAACUGCACACGUUUGGGCUCGCGGAACGUACUGUCACCCCAUUAAGAGCCAUGUCUGACGAGGUUAUUAAUAAAUCACUUUAUUUUUAAAAACAAUGGAGGGGACUGAGAUAUACCAAACCACAAGGAAAUAAAUUAGUCUUUUAUUGA